CCAUGUAGAGUGCAUUUGAAUGAGAAAACCGAACAGGUUUUGGCGUAUUAAUGAUCUGAACUAAAACUAGAAACAAACUAUGGUGCGUUUACCAAGGAAAUAUACAAGCACCAGCAACAUCAAGAAAAUACAAGCUCUUUUUUAAACAUUCCAAAAAGGUAUUAAACAACAGAAUUUUUAAACCGAAAUGGUCGAUAUGGAUACUAACAAGGAAGAACAAUCUACAAAACCGGAUCAAAAAUCAGCAGAAACUCCACCACAAUCCCAACAACCAGUAAUAAACCCUCCAGUCGUAAUGAGAUCAUCUUUGCCAGCAGAUAGCAGAUCUCAAUCGGCUAGCGUUCGCCGUCGAAGCUUGAAUAUAUCUCAUUUUAAUGCUGUUCAAAAUGCAGUCUCUACGCUGGCUAGGAUUGAUGACUUCAAUUUGGAAGAACUUGGUUAUGGUUUUUUUUCGGAUGUUUUUAAGGUCACCCACAAACUCACAGGGAAGGUAAUGGUACUGAAGAGGAACAGAGACACAAAUACAAAGAUGAACAUAUUACGUGAAGUACAACUCAUGAACCGACUUUCACAUCCAAAUAUACUUAAAUUCAUCGGUGUGUGCGUGCACGAGGGUAAAUUACACGCCUUAACCGAGUACAUAAACGGUGGGGACUUAGACCAACUUGUGACUAAGAAGGGAGUUGUUCUGCCAUGGAAGCAACGCAUGAAACUGUCCAAGGAUGUGGCAUCCGGAAUGAGCUAUCUACACUCUGUGGGCAUCUUCCAUAGAGAUCUAACUGCCAAAAACUGCCUGGUGCGAAUCGCAACUCAUAAAUCAGGCACUCAAAAGAUGACGGGCGUAGUGGCGGACCUAGGACUCGCAGAGAAGAUCCCGCUAACCCCGGAAGACGAGGGCAGACUCGCAAUAGUAGGAACACCAUACAUUAUCGCCCCUGAAGCUAUAAAUGGGAAACCCUACAACCAAACUGCCGACAUCUUUUCCUACGGCAUCAUCACGUGUCAAUUAAUCGCUCUCAUCUCUUGUGAUCCGGAGGAGCUUCCAAGAAGCAGUGACUUCGGUCUAGCAAAAGAUCUUUUCCUCAAAAUGGUCCACCCCACCGCACAACUAACCACGGAUAACAAACCGGAAAAUUCGUUCCCACCCCCGAAAGAGUAUCUUCAGCUUGCAUUUGAUUGUUGUCAGAUGGAGCCUAAAUCACGACCGCCCUUUAAAGAAAUUGUCAUUAGACUCGAAACGAUGCUCAAAGCUUACAAGAAAACAUUGGAACCAAAACGAUCAUCAUCUUUCCGAGUGGCAGAAGGCGACCGACCACGGUAUGUAGGUCGCACAUCCGACACAUUACCUCGUAGAAAGGGAACUGCAGGCAAAUCCACGCUCGACACUCCUUCAGGCAGUAGUCCGGUCAAAUACCCAGCACGUCAAUCAAGACAGAGCAAGCGACCGUCAUCAUGCUCCCGACUAUCUCGUAGUUUCUCCGACAUUUCCCGAGAAUUGCUGACUCAUGCUGCCAACAUGGUUGCGUCAUCAUCAUGCUCGUUCAACGAUGACGCAGCAGAAAGUGACGUAUUUGCUAACCCUUUCUCCGCUCUUGAGCACUUGGAAGGCGGUAAUCGUAAAUUGAUCGACGAACCAAGUCUCGCUUUGUUGGAGAUGACCUUUGACCUUUCAACCCCACGUGACCUCAAGUCAGUGUGGAGAAACGAACUGAAAACUCCGCCGAAAAAAACCCGACCCAGAUCUUCAGUGUUUGGUGACUCCGCACAUCCCAACAUCACUCCUCCUCCCUCCUUACACCUCCCCUCCCCAUCUCACUCCCAGCAUCACUUGAGCUCCAGCAGCUUUGGCUCCCGGAGCAGCACUCCAGAACACGGAAGAUGCGAUGGAUGCGAGUACCAGCGAGCGAAGCACAGAGCAAUGCUCUUGUCUCCUCGCGGAAACGAUCUCGCAUCUUGGUGGUGUAUGCGGAAGCGUGCGGAGGGUCAGAGCUUCUCGGAGACAGAACGUCAGUCCCUCGCAUCGGUUGUAUCCGUCCUCUCUAGGAACCUCCGCUCUUCCCGUCGCUGCAUCAGCAUGCCGGAUGUUUCUCGCAUCAAAGCGCUGUUUCACCAAAUUACGGAGGAUCCGGAAAAGUUACCCAAAGAGACGGUAUUACGGAAGCCUCGUUCAAAUACAAGCGCUGAAAUCUUCCAACCUGUUUCAAACCCCAGCUCCAUUAAAGAAGAGACGGAAACUGAGGUAGAAAAAAGUCCGAUACCAAAGACUGAUCUUACGGACACUGAUGCAGCGAAUACAGAGACAACAUGCACUUCUAAAAUACAAAAAGAAGUGCUUUCUAAAGACAAUACACAGCAGCCUCCAGAACCGCCAGCCAUUCCCGUACAAACUGAUAACCUUACAAAGCCUUGUGAAACGGAAGACAAUCUCCGUAAAUCUGACUCCUUUUCCUCUACAUCCUCCGGAUGCUCCAGUAGCGAUCUCACAGCAUCUUUACAGUCUGCAGAAAUUACACGGAAGAGGAGAAAUGAUCCCCUUCACUCUGCAUACGAGAAAGAGAAUCGAUCACUGAACAAUAACUACCAACCAUACAACGACAACGUUCGACUUCGACAACCAAAAUCCACACACCGUGACUCCGGGUAUGAAGACACUGUCCUAUCAUCCUUAGUGGAACACCCAGGCAUCACUCGCGAAAAAUGCUCCAACACUUGGUGUAUUAACGAAGACGGACUUCCUGCACCCCAGGUGCCUUCUACGGGCCGUGUUGCAGCCAGUUGCAGUCUUGGGGCCCGUACUACUAUAGAUUGGAACAGCAACGAAAAUCCGCUCCAUGCCACAUAUACCUGGCAAGGAGACGCAGUAUUGUAGUAAACACCAGUGUUAGCAAAUCUGUGUUAUUCUUGAUCCCUAACAGUAUCAUUAACUUCAAACCGUCACUACAGGUAUAUUGUAGUUAUCGCAAAGUUUCCUUUCAAUGCAGUAUAUACACCUGGAUGGCUGAGUUGCAUAAGUGCAUGUGAAUAUUGUCGGUAUCCGAUUUUUUAUAACCCCAGUAUACCCAACAUACACAGAAGUUGUAGUCCGUCCUGUCACGUGACAUUUUUUUCACGUGGUACAUUAUUCCCUUUGUACAACUCGUAUCGUCUUCAUGCACCGAAUCGUGAAAUUCCUUUGUUUGUUCUUGCUUUCACUGUAAUUUGUUAUUAAGCGCAAUCGACGCCAGCGCCCAGCGCAGAUGCUCUACAAUUAGAGUUAUAAAUUGCGCGCAACUGCGCUGGUUGCCGAUGUUCCAAAGCGAAUAGUAUUCUACUCUUCGAUUCUAAACGCAUAAAGCAAUAAAACUUCAACAGCCGUAA